GAGAGGACAGUAGGCGGUGGAGGCAAGAGCUGGCGCAGCUGCAGUGGUGGCAGCGGCUGGAGUAUCGGCGGCUGUAGGGUCUGCGGCAGCUCCGGGCUCGGGGCUUUGGCAGUGGCGCCUACGGGCUGUGCUGUGGUGUGCGGACCCCAGUGCGCGGUCCGGGUUCCCAGGGCGGCGCGUAAGAUGCCUCUAAUGGAGGAGUUUCUGAGAAGCACCGUGGGGCCUGCGGCUUUGACAAGCAGCUCGAACCAGAGACUGUUGACAGCCCUGGACAUCACCUCCUGAGGCACGCGGGAGAGAGGAGCAUGGCCGUGAAUCUGGACGAUGAUGUGCCCCUCAUCCUGACCAUGGAGGAGGGUGGCGGCGCCCCAGCAGCUCCCUGCAACAGCCUGGGCCCGGAGGAGCUGCCAAGCAAAAAUGGGGGCAGCCACGCCAUCCACGACUCCCAGGCCCCCAGCCUGGUCUUUGGCGGCGAGAGUUCCCCCAGCGGCCCCGCCGGACAGGACUGGGAGAUGAAUUACCAAGAGGCAGCCAUCUACCUCCAGGAAGGCGAGAACAACGACAAGUUCUUCACGCACCCCAAGGAUGCCAAAGCGCUGGCGGCCUACCUCUUCGCACACAACCAUGUCUUCUACCUGAUGGAGCUGCUCACCGCCCUGCUGCUGCUGCUGCUGACCCUGUGCGAGGCGCCCGCUGUGCCCGCGUUGCGCCUGGGCAUCUAUGUCCACGCCACCCUGGAGCUGUUUGCCCUGAUGGUGGUGGUGUUUGAACUCUGCAUGAAGCUGCGGUGGCUUGGCCUCCACACCUUCAUCCGGCACAAGCGGACCAUGGUCAAGACCUUCGUGCUGGUCGUGCAGUUCGUCGAGGCCAUUGUGGUGCUGGUGCGGCAGACGUCCCACGUGCGGGUGACCAGGGCGCUGCGCUGCAUUUUCCUGGUGGACUGUCGCUACUGCGGUGGCGUGCGGCGCAACCUGCGGCAGAUCUUCCAGUCCCUGCCACCCUUCAUGGACAUCCUCCUGCUGCUGCUCUUCUUCAUGAUCAUCUUCGCCAUCCUCGGAUUCUACUUGUUCUCUUCAAAUCCUUCUGACCCGUACUUCAGCACCCUGGAGAACAGCAUCGUCAGCGUCUUUGUCCUUCUGACCACAGCCAACUUCCCGGACGUGAUGAUGCCCUCCUACUCCCGGAACCCCUGGUCCUGCGUCUUCUUCAUCGUGUACCUCUCCAUCGAGCUCUACUUCAUCAUGAACCUGCUCCUGGCUGUGGUGUUUGACACCUUUAAUGACAUCGAGAAGCGCAAGUUCAAGUCUCUGCUGCUGCACAAGCGGACGGCCAUCCAGCACGCCUUCCGACUGCUCACCAGCCAGCGGAAGCCCAUGGGCAUCUCCUACAGGCAGUUCGAAGGCCUGAUGCGCUUCUACAAGCCCCGGAUGAGUGCCAGGGAGCGUUUCCUGACUUUCAAGGCCCUGAAUCAGAGCAACAAACCUCUUCUGAGCCUGGAGGAUUUUUGUGACAUUUAUGAAAUCGCCACCCUGAAGUGGAAGACAAAGAGAAACCGAGAGCACUGGUUUGAUGAACUCCCCAGGACGGCCUUCCUCAUCUUCAAGGGAAUCAACAUGCUGGUGAAGUCCAAGGCCUUCCAAUAUUUCAUGUACUUGGUGGUGGCGGUGAAUGGGGUGUGGAUCCUGGUGGAGACGUUCAUGCUGCGAGGCGGGAACUUCAUCUCCAAGCCCGUGCCCUGGAGCUACCUCAUCUUCCUCACCAUCUACGGUGUGGAGCUGUUCCUGAAGGUGGCCGGCCUGGGCCCUGUGCAGUACCUGUCCUCCCGGUGGAACCUGUUCGACUUCUCUGUCACGGUGUUUGCCUUCCUGGGCCUGCUGGCCCUGGCCCUCAACAUGGAGCCCUUCUAUUUCAUCGUGGUCUUGCGUCCCCUCCAGCUGCUGAGGCUGUUUAAGCUGAAGAAGCGAUACAGUAACGUCCUGGACACCAUGUUUGAGCUGCUGCCCCGGAUGGCCAGCCUCGGCCUCACCUUGCUAAUCUUCUACUACUCCUUCGCCAUCGUGGGCAUGGAGUUCUUCUGCGGGCGCCUGUACCCCAACUGCUGCAACACCAGCACGGUGGCCGAUGCCUACCGCUGGCUCAACCACACCGUGGGCGACAAGACGGUGGUGGAGGAGGGUUACUAUUAUCUCAACAACUUUGACAACAUCCUCAACAGCUUCGUGACCUUGUUCGAGCUCACGGUUGUCAACAACUGGUACAUCAUCAUGGAAGGUGUCACCUCACAGACCUCCCACUGGAGCCGCCUGUACUUCAUGACCUUUUACAUCGUGACCAUGGUGGUGAUGACCAUCAUUGUGGCCUUCAUCCUGGAGGCCUUCGUCUUCCGGAUGAACUACAGCCGCAAGAGCCAGGACUCAGAAGUGGAUGGUGGCAUCACCGUUGAGAAGGAAAUCUCCAAGGAGGAGCUGGUGGCCGUCCUGGAGCUGUAUCGCGGGGCGCGAGGGGCCUCCUCGGAUGUCACCCGGCUGCUCGAGACCCUCUCGCAGAUGGAGAAGUACCAGCAAAAUUCCCUGGUGUUCCUGGGGCGGAGGUCAAGGACCAAAAGCGACCUGAGCCUGAAGAUGUACCAGGAGGAGAUCCAGGAGUGGUACGCGGAACACGCCAGGGAGCAGGAGGCCCAGCGGCAGCUCCACGGAGGCACUGACCCCGCCACCCAGCAGGCCCCCUACAGUCGCCAGCGCUCACAGACGGUCACCUAGCGCCAGCUCUUGAAGCCAUCUCUUCUAUGCAAUAACAGUAGUAUUCUCUUCCCGCCACGUACCGGGAGCACGUGUGUGAACACACUCACAUAUACGCACACGUCUGUAGAGAGUGCGGACCAGCAGAUGCCACGCAGAGUCGCCUGGCCCUGUCUUCCAGAUGCCACAGUCUCCUGGCCUUACAAGGGCCGUCCCCAAAGAGCCGGGCGGGCUGGGCCUCCUGCUGCUGCUUCCAGGCCCGUGUCCCCCGAGAGCUCCCUACUAACCUCCCUGUGACCUUGUCACGGGCAUGUGUCUGGCUGAGGGGACAAAACCACUUACCAGGGGAAGAAAAGCACUCCCACCCCGGCAGUAUUUCUCAGACGAUAAUGUAGGAUGGGCGUCCCGUGGAGGGAAGAGGGAUGUCAUAGAGAGUGGUCAGGUUCGGGUAGCCAGGGCCAGGCCAGAGGUGGCACUGACCCGUUUCAGGCCCACCUCUGUGAGUCCUCUCCUGUGCACGUUGCUUUAGUGUUAUGGCUGGUAAUCCUCCUGCCACAGCCUCUGGCUGGACAGACACCAGGUAGAGAAGACGGUCACUUCCUGCCUGGGCCUUCUCUACCAGGUCCUCUUCCUGGGGUGGGCCUUCCCCAGUGGGUGCUGGGAACAGGGUCACAGGCGCAGGGGUGCUUGCUGCAGCCAAGGUGGGAACUCAUUACUCUGGGGUAUUCCACAGCAGAAUUUAUUUUAAGAGGUUCGUGCAGGCACCCAGCUAACCCAGUGCCUCGUGGGUGGUCUGUAUACUAGCUGGGCGUGGCCAGGUGGCACAGGGCAGAGGUCAGGGAUUGGAGCUGCCAAGCAGGCAGAGCCUGAUCCUGGGGAGCAGUCCCAGUCCCCUCCUCCACCCUGUCACCCCCCAGGGCCAGGCUAAUCUGGAAGGCAGCUGGGCGCCCUCUGUCUGAAGCAGGGCAAAGUGGUGUCCUGAGUUUUUAAGCACAGCCUUUGGGAAAACACUUUCCAGGAUAGUCAGGAGAUGACAUGGUCCUCUUCCUCUCUGGAGGGCCAUCCGUCACUGCCGGAGCUCAUGGAGCCCGGGCCAGAGCUCUCCUCUCCAGAGAGGAACCCUUAUUUGCACAUUUGGGUGCCUUUUUGCUUUUGUGUAUUGGAAUGGGCAUUCUGGGGGGUGGGCAGCCUCGUGAGGGGGCAAGGUAUGUGACCUGAGCAUCUGACCUGCAGAGCUGGUGGGUGUUUCAGUCCUGCUGCAGGGGGGUCACUAGUACCCCGCCUGGCCCUGGCCUGGUCAGAUCUGCACAGUGGUGGUAGGGUUGGUGGGCCAGACUCCAGCCAGUGAUGAGCUCUGUCACCUGGCCAGUGCCAGCCACCAGGUGCCCCCAGCUGUGACUCCAGGGCCCAGGGAUGUCAUCUAGCUCAGAUGCUCCACCCCAUCCCCACAUCACAGCUGAGCAGGACCAGGUGACCCUUGCUGCAGACUCCCCCGGUCACAGCCUGUCCAGGGCAGCAGGGCCACCGUGCCCUCCCGCUGGGCCAAGGCUCUUUGCCUCCUCCUCCCCCACCCCAGCCUUACUUCACACCAUGCGGACAAUCAUUUUGUACUGAUCGCAGGAGCAGCCCUGUAAGAUUUUGUAUGUUGAUGAUUUGCUACCUAGAAACCCACUGCGUCUCUGGAUCUCUGGCAUAUUAAUAUUAAAAGCCUGUGCUUUGUAAA